UAUAAUUAAAGGUCACUUAAUAAUAACCUAGUCGUCAACUUAUGUUUCUGUAAGCCCAUAAAAAGAUGGAAAUUAAUUUUUCUGGAAAGAGAGCUCUCGUUACUGGAGCUACCAAAGGUAUUGGAAGAGAUAUUGCAAUUCAACUGUCGAAAUGUGGAGCAGAAGUCAUUGCAGUUGGACGAAACAAAAAUGACCUGAUGACUUUACAAAAAGAAGUACCUCGAAUACUACCUCUAGAGCUAGAUAUAACCGACUGGAAACAGACAGAGAAAGCUCUGCAAAAUAUAGGACAGAUAGACCUACUAGUGAAUAACGCUGGAAUGGGCUGGUUAAAAUCAAUGAUGGACAUUACAGAAGAAGACAUUGACAGUGUAAUGGGUGUUAACAUUAAAGCUCUGAUUCACGUCAGCCAAAUAGCAAUAAAAAAUAUGUUGGACAGAAAAGUUCCCGGAUCGAUAGUAAAUCUGUCUUCUCAGGCUUCCAUGGUUGGAUUACUUCAUCAUACAGUAUAUUGCGCAAGUAAAGCAGCAGUCGAUGGAUUUACAAGAGCUGCUGCUCUGGAAUAUGGUCCUCAUAAUAUCAGGAUAAAUGCUGUUAAUCCUACAGUUAUUUUAACAGAUAUGGGAAAACUGGGUUGGUCAGAUCCAAAGGUUGCUAAGCCUAUGAUUGAGAAAAUACCUUUGAGACGAUUUGGAGAGGUGAGGGAAGUUACUGAUGCUGUUUUGUACCUGUUAAGUGAUAAAUCAAGUAUGAUAACCGGGAUGACAUUGCCAAUUGACGGAGGAUUCACGGCAUGUUAAGCAAACAACAAAGGCUGCUUUCAGAAACAAUUAUUUAAAAUCUCAUUUCUGUUCUGUAACAUGGCAUAAUAUGCAUUUUGCC